CAGAUCCUGAACCGGAAAUGAUAUGUCUCGUUGUCUUAUAAGCUGGAAAGCCCGUCUGUCAGCUACCCACGUUUUCUUUCCUUGCUUUUCGUUUAUCCAUUUCUGUCUUUCUUGCUAUUUCUAGAACUCUAGAUCUGCUCAGAUUUCCCAGUAAUUGCUGCGAUUUCCCAAGGCCAGAAAUGGAAGGCGGCGACGGCGGUGGCCUUGAUGGUGGACCGAAACUAGAGACCUUGAAGCUGAAGGAAGAUCGAGGCAUCAGAGCCGUCCAUGCGAUUCGGGAAUCUGAAGUUUCGAUUUCUUCGCCGGUUACUAGACAGAAAGCUGCUGCCGCGAAGCAGAUUAUCGAGGACCAUUACCGGAAUUACUUGCAAGGGCUUCAAGAUCGGAAGGAGAGACGUCAAACACUUCAAAGGAGAGCAGAAGAAGCUCAAGUUUCAAGUGAAGAACAACAAGAAAUGCUUAGAAAUUUGGAACGCAGAGAGACAGAAUAUAUGCGGAUGCAAAGACGUAAAGUGGGAAUUGAUGACUUUGAACAAUUAACUAUAAUUGGGAAAGGAGCAUUCGGAGAGGUAAGGCUCUGCCGUGUUAAAAAUACAGGAGAGAUUUUCGCCAUGAAAAAGUUGAAGAAAUCAGAGAUGCUUAGUCGAGGACAGGUUGAGCAUGUUAGAUCUGAGAGGAACUUGCUUGUGGAGGUUGACAGCCGGUGCAUCGUAAAACUUUUUUGUUCAUUUCAAGACUCAGAUUUCUUGUACCUUAUCAUGGAGUAUCUGCCUGGUGGUGACUUUAUGACUCUUUUGAUGAGAGAGAAUGUUCUUUCCGAAGAUGUUGCACGAUUUUAUAUAGCUGAGAGUAUACUAGCAAUUCAUUCUAUUCACCGCCAUAACUAUGUCCACAGGGACAUAAAGCCAGAUAACUUCUUGCUGGACAAGGAUGGGCACGUGAAACUCUCUGAUUUUGGAUUGUGUAAACCCCUAGAUUACAAGUACUCAACAAUUUUAUUGGAAAAUGAAGUCCUAAAUGGUCAGGAAAUGGAUGAAAAUGAAGGACAUUCUGGGAUUGACAGCGUCCCUUGGAUGAUGCCGAAAGAACAAUUACAACAAUGGAAACGCAAUCGCCGUGUGUUGGCUUAUUCUACUGUUGGAACUCUUGAUUAUAUGGCACCUGAAGUGUUGCUAAAGAAAGGUUACGGAAUGGAGUGUGACUGGUGGUCGUUGGGGGCAAUCAUGUAUGAGAUGCUUGUGGGAUAUCCUCCCUUCUGUGCUGAUGAUAAAAGGAUUACUUGCCGGAAGAUAAUAAAUUGGAGGACAUGCUUGAAGUUCCCUGAAGAGCCAAAACUAUCAAAUGAGGCUAGAGAUCUGAUCUGUCGUUUGCUGUGUGAUGUUGAAACAAGGCUGGGGACCAGAGGAGUGGAAGAAAUAAAGGCACAUCCAUGGUUUAAAGGCAUCCGGUGGGAUAUGCUGUAUGAGAUGGAAGCUGCCUACAAGCCUGUUGUUGAUGGAGAGCUGGAUACUCGAAAUUUUGAUAAGUUUGAUGAAGUAGGUGAUCCACCAUCAGCAUUGACAAGAGUGGGACCUUGGCGCAAGAUGUUGACGUCAAAAGAUGCCGAUUUUAUAGGGUAUACUUUCAAGAAAUCGGACAUGAUUGAAUCAAUAGGAGUUUCAGGUACAAACAUGAAACCGAACAGUUCUUCAAAGACACCUUCACUUGCUUCCUUGUUUGGCACGGAUAUAGAUCGCAUCAACCUGCAAGAAAGCACGACUCCGAGCGAUGACCAAACAUUGUGACCCACGUUUGACAUCUUUCCGUUUUCCUUUCAUUCAAUCUUGGUAAAGUCACGUCUUAUUAGAAUAGGCCCACGUGGUUGACAUGAAGAUGCUAUAAUAGGAGAGCAUGGUUAACCUGUUUUUGAUGGCAAUUAUUUCAAAAGAACCAGAUGCGCUUGAUCAGAAAUCAGAAUAAUCACGGCAAUGUAUAGGAUUUGAAACAGAUGUCAUUUUUUAAUAUUUUAUUUUAUAUUGAUCUGAGCGUGAAUAAUUGCACCGGUGGUGGUUUCAGGUGCAUUGAUUGUGUUAAGGGGUGAAAUGCAUUGGCAAAAUUUUCCAAAUUUUAAUUUUUGUAUUUUA